GCUGAUGUCAGCCCCGGGGCGCCCCGAUAUAAGGCCGGGGAGCGGGUCGGGGGCUCAGCCAUGUCCUCUGCUCCAGCCCCCAGGUCACGCAGCUGCCCCAGGGCUGAGGGGGGGCUCUCGGCUCCCAGACGCCCACCGUGGGGCUCGGCCCUGGCGCUGCUCUGCCUCCUGCUCCUGCCGGCCGCCUGCUCGCCUGCCACCAGCUCCAGUCCUGGCAUCAAGGGCAGGGUGACCCAGAGGGCCCUGGAGUACGGCCGGCACUUCGGGCUGGAGCUGCUGCGGUCACAGCUGCAGAAGGAACACGAGCUGAACCUGCAGGGCUCCUACCGGCCCCCCUUCCUGGGGGAGAUCCAGUACAGCGUGCCCCGGAUCCACAUCCAGGAGCUGCAGAUGAACGACUCCUCCGUGGGCUUCGCCGAGGACGUGGGCGUGCGGCUGGCGGUGCGGGGCGCCCGCAUCCAGCUCAGCGCCAACUGGAGCGCGCAGCUGGGCACCUUCCAGGACAGCGGCGUGGUUCAGCUUCACGUGGCCGACCUGGCCGUGGCGGUGCUGCUGGGGCUGAGCGUGGACGAGGGCGGCCGCCCCGCCGUGUGGGCUGCCGGCUGUGAUGCCCGCGGCACCGACCUGCACCUGGAGUUUCACCGGGGACAGAGCUGGCUCUACAACCUCCUGGUGCCGCUGUUCCAAAGGACCCUGCGGCAGCAGCUGAACAAGCAGCUCUGCGUCGAGCUUGAGAAGAGCAUCAGCAGGAUGGAGGCUUCCCUAAAGCGCAUGCGAGUGUCCCCCCAGCUCGACCCCUUCGCUGCCAUCGACCUCUCCUUGCUGGGCCGCCCGGACAUCACCGCGGAGCACGGGGACGUCAGCCUCAAGGGUGAAUUUUUCGGGGUGGGCAGGCGCUGGCAGAGCCCCUUCUCACCCAAACCCGUGGGGCUGCCCGAGGCGCACGAGCCCAUGGUGCUGCUCGCCCUGACCGAAUUCGUGGCCAACUCCGCCGCCUUCGUGUACUUCACGGCGGGGGCCCUGCGCAGGAACAUCUCCAGCGAGGCGCUCCCGCGGCGCUUCCCCAUCCAGCUGAGGACCAAGAGCUUGGGGAGCUUCUCCCCACAGCUGCAGGAGCUCUUCCCCGACCUGCCCAUGGAGCUGCAGCUCUCAGCCCGCCGGCAGCCCCUGCUCUCCUGCCACCCCGACGCCCUGCACGGGACCCUCUACGGCUCCGCCGAGGCCUUCGUGGUGCUGCCCAACGCCACCCGUGCGCCCGUCUUCCUGCUGGACAUCGACGCCAACGUGACGGGGAAGCCGACCAUCACUGGGAACAGGCUGGGGGGCACCGUGCGGCUGACGAGCCUCAGCGUGGCGCAGGUGACCUCGCAGGUGGGGCCGCUGCAGGUGAAGAAGCUGGAGAACGUGCUGAAAUUCGGGCUGUGGCUUUUUGGGGUGCCCUGGGCAAACAAGCGGCUCCAGUCGGGGGUCCCGCUGCCCACCCCCCGCGGCCUCAGCCUGGUUCACCCGCGCCUCUCGCUGCACGAGGGCUUCAUGCUCCUCGCCACGGACCUGCAGUACGAGCCCUGAGACCCGCAGCUGCUGGGGACCCGCGGACCCCAUCCCCGUCCCCAUCCCUGUCCCCAUUUUUUGGGGGGGGGUCCAGCAGGGAUUUAACCCCCCCCCCUCCGUGUCCCGGCACCCGCAGCUCCCGUCUCGCCCGCGGGAUGGAGCCCGUGGCCACGGCUCCGCCGCACCGGCACCGGCAGCGGGAGGGGGCCGGGCUCAAAACCCCCCCCAAAAACCUCCCCCAGGGCUUGCAGAAUCCUCAGAGGGGGUGUCCCUGUCCCUGUCCCUGUCCCUGUCCUUGUCCUUGUUCCUGUCCUUGUCCUUGUCCUGGUCCUUGGCCCUUCCCGUGUCCCCCCCCAAACCAACGCCUGGCGCAGCGCCCUGGCCCCGUGUCCCCAAACAGGGACGGGCACAGGAGCGAAGAUUUGGGGUGGGGACGGGCGCAGGAGCCCGGUCCCAGCGAGAAAUGAACGGGACGGGCACGGGGUUGUCCUGGUGGAACCACAGGGAUGGGGAGCUGCCCCCCCCCAAAAACUGCCCAGCACCAUCCCGGCCCCUUUGGAGAGCCGUGACCACCCCAGGAGGGGACAGGAGGGGACAGGGGGGGACAGGGGGGGACAGGGGGGGACAAGGGGGGACAGGGGGGUCCCGGCUCCUGCUCAGCCUCCCCCGAAGACCCCCGCAGGAUGGCACCCCCCCAAAAAAAAAAAAAACACAGCACAGCAGCAGCAGCUCCACCGACAGAGUUUAUUUGUGGCCUCACCUCCACCUGCAAACCGAAGCGUUCGGCGCUCGCCCUGCGGCGCGCGGGGAGCGGAUCCUGGGGGGAAAUCAGGGGGUGUGGGGGGGCCCAGAAAAGGGUGUCCCCCCCCACACCCCCCCGCUGCUCUCACCCCACUCUCUCGGGUGCUCCGUUACGACCCCCAGCCCGCCCCGGAGCACGGCACCAGACAUAAAUACAGACAGACAGAUAACAAAAAUAGCAUUCGAGUAUUCACAAA